GGUUGGGCUGGCAUCAGGUGACUUGGAGCUGGUCAUAUGGCAAUCAGUUCCCUAAUUAGCUUGAAAGUUUUGCAAGCUUUCCCCCUCGUUUUCUUAGUUUCCGAAAAGGGGGCGGGGGGUGUAGGUUCAGGCUGUGUGUGUACGAGAGCGCGUGCACGCGCGUCAGUUUUGCAGGCAAGCAAAUAGUGCAUCUUGCUUCCUGCAUUUGAGUCUCUUUUCCUUCUCUUGGUCAUAUUCUGGAACGUGCUGACAUAGCUGGAACAAAACAAAAAAAAAUCUCUUAACCCGCUCCCUGCAGUGAUUAGAUCCUCGCGUUGCGUUUGUCUGUGCCAAGGAAGCAACAGGAAUGGAUUUGCCGACACUCCAGUCCUGGCAUGAACGGAUCUCUCAAGAGCUCGACGCAGUGGUGGAUUUCUGGCUACGGCAUUCACACGAUAAGGAAUAUGGAGGUUUCUUUACAUGUCUGGGCCAGGAUGGCAAAGUUUACGAUGAAUUGAAGUAUGUCUGGUUGCAGGGGAGGCAGGUGUGGAUGUAUAGUCGGUUGUAUCGAAAAGUACCACGAUUCCGGCGCCCAGAACUCCUGCAGGCAGCCCAAGCAGGUGGGGAAUUCCUACUGAAGUAUGCACGGGUGGCCCCCCCUUCCCAGAAAUGUGCCUUUGUCCUGACCCGUGAUGGGCGCCCUGUGAAAAUCCAGCGCACCAUUUUCAGUGAGUGCUUCUACGUCCUUGGGCUGGAUGAGCUUGGACGAGCAAUGGGGGAGCCCCGUUACCAGAGGGAAGCCCUGACAAUGAUGGAGGCCAUAGUGCGUUGGGUGCGGGAUGAUCCCUCUGAGCUGGGGCGUCCACAACUGACCGGAGCUACCCCACAUGACUCAAUGGCUGUCUCCAUGAUGCUUCUCAACCUGGUGGACCAGCUGUCGGAAGGAGAUGCUGAAACCGCAAGCCGAUUCAGAGAACUGGGGAGCUGGUCUGCCCAGCGGAUACUCAUGCAUGUGCAGAGGAAUGGAACUGCUGUGCUGGAGAAUGUUUCCGAAGAUGGCAAGGAAUUGCUGGGAUGUAUGGGGAGACAACAGAAUGCUGGUCAUGCCAUUGAAGCAGGCUGGUUCCUGCUCCGUUGUGCUCAACGCCAGCAUGACUCUCACCUCCUCUCUCAGGCUGUGGACAAGUUCAUGAAGCAGCCAUUCCGUUCUGGCUGGGAUCCUGAGCAUGGAGGACUCUUUGCCUUCCAGGAUGUUGAUGGUCUGUGCCCCACACAGCUAGAGUGGAAAAUGAAGCUUUGGUGGCCACAUACGGAGGCCAUGAUUGCCUUCCUCAUGGGCUUUGCUGAGACUCGAGACCCCGAGCUUCUGGAGCUAUUCACCCAGGUGACUGAAUAUACCUUUGCCAAGUUCAGCGACCCAGAGAAAAAUGAGUGGUUUGGCUAUUUGACCCAGGAAGGCAAAGUGGCGCUCUCAAUCAAAGGAGGACCCUUCAAAGGCUGUUUCCAUGUGCCUCGUGCUCUCUACAUGUGUGAAGAAAUUUUGGAAUCCCUCAUAAGAGAGGUGAAAUCUACCAACACGGAAUGAAGUCUUCUCUUGACUCUUGCAUUAAACCAUAGGCUAGGUCUUCUUCACAUUCUGUCGCAGCUAGACCUUCUCUCCAGUCACAUUCCUCUCCAAGCUGAGAAACUCCUUUUUCAUCCACCUUGCACUCCAAAUUACAACUGCCAUCUUUCAUCACCCAUGACCAGACUGGAGUUGAUAGCAGCACGGCUAUGAACAAGGGAGGUUUAUGGUGACAGAACUCUGUCAGUGCUCUUCCUGUGGAACAGCUUACAGGAAAAGACGGGCAGUUAACAGUGUUUUGCUUCUUCCUGCCAGUUUCUGUGGUGGAGAUGGAAUCUUGAUGCCCUCCUUCUUUCUGGUUAGGGAGUCUUUGUGGUUGCUUGUCAACUGGUCACUGCUCACCAUCCGCCCUCUUUCUCUGGAGGGUCCAGAUGGAUCUGUGUAUUACAGAAUCUAUGCAAAUAUAUACCUUAAAGGGAAAACAGCAUUCUGUCUACUUCUUGUGAGUCUCUUCCUCUGUGGUGUAUGGGACUGGACAAAGAAAUUAACUGUUUGGUUCUGAAAGAGACCUAGAUUUCACUGAGAUGUGGCAAACCUGGGUCUGGGCUGUGCCACUUGAGACUGCCAAGUGGCAGGGGGCUCACAUGACUGAAUGCGCCUCUAUGCAAAUACUCCCCUAGCCCUCCACAUAGAGAACUUCACAUGUUAGGGAGGAGAAUUCUUGCCUAGCCUUUUGAUCAAGAUGCCAGUUUUCUAUGGGCAGGGAGUUGUUUUGUAUGGAGGAGCCUGCCCUUGUCAUCUGUUGUGCUGCAGCCCACGUAACUUGCUCCCACCUAGGUAUGCAUAGGAUUGCUGUCUAAAACACUAACAUAAUAGUAGUAGUAGUGAUUAACUUUAUUUGUUAGCCUCCUCAUUACAAAUUGUUCUCGGGUGGCUCACAAUAAAAACAGCCAGUUAAACAUAACACACAACAAACAAAUUACAAUACAAAAUACAGUACAAAAUGACUUAACUUUUUUCAAAAAGCCUGAGUGGACAGAAUGUUCUCACUCUUCGUUCUUUUAGAUGCCAGUUGAAGACCUAAGAUGCCAGGUGAGCCUCACUGGGAAGGCUAUUCCAUAGAUGGGUUGCCACCACGAAAAAGGCCCUCUCCCUAGUAGCCACCCGCCUCACCUCAUUUGGCAGGGGCACCCAGAGCAGGGCCUCUGAAGAUCUUACGGUCUGAGUUGGGGCAUAAUGGGCAAGGUGCUCUCUUGGGUAACUUGGUCUCAAGCCGCUUAGGGCUUUAAAAGUUAAAAUCAGCUCUUUGAUUGGGCCCGGAAAAGGAAACCUUAAACAGUUUGUUUAAUUUUAGUAUCUGCUACUAGGUAGGUAUAUAGAUAAUCAAUAUGAAAGCAUCCCAUUCCUACAUAACAUGAAGGUUACCUUAUACCUCUAUUCUAGGCAUCACUGGGUUGUCAAAAUUUGUGUCUUUAUUUUGGUUACUGUGAACAUAAGAGUCCUGCUGGAUCAGGCCAAGGCCCAUCUAGUCCAGCAUCUGCUUUCUCACAGAGGCCAGCUAGAUGCUUCUGGGAAGCCCACAAGAAGCGAUGCCCCUUCUCGUGCUGUUGCUUCCCUGCAACUGGUGGGGGAGACAUGUGGCCACUGAACCUGGAGGUAGCAUAAAACCAUCAAGACUAAUAGCCAUUGACAGUCCUGUCCUUCAUGAAUUUGUCUAACCCCCUUUUAAAGUUACCUAAGCUAUUGGCCGUCACCACAGCUCGUGUGGUAUACCUUCUAGCUGAACUUCUGUUAUGGUUUUAAAUAAUCUACAUGCACUUGAGAGAUUUGACCCUCUUGGCUUUCCUUUUCAGUUUUCUUUUCACUAGUCCUUUCAUUUUUGGGAAGUUUCCUCUUUGAAGUCAAAUCUGUUUUGUUUUGGGCUGACUUGGCAAUUGGUUGAAUUUGAUAGCAGAAUGGUCUCUGAUCAACAACCCUAAUCUCUCAACAGGUCAUGAGCAGCAGUUAGGAUUAAGGGUUUGUUUGUUUUUUGUUUUUAGGAUCACCUUUCCUUUGGUUGGCCCCAUGACCAACUGUUCUAAAGGGCAGUCAUUUAGGGUAAUUAAAAAUGUGGUUUCUUUGAGAUUGACCCAAACACAAAUUUUCCCAGUCUAUGUGAGGGUAACUCAAGUCAUCUAUUGUUAUACUUUUCUCCCUUGGACACCUCCCCUACUUCUCUUUCCCCCUGAGUAUAAAUCUCUGCAUUUUGCUCAGAACAAAGGCAUGUUCCUAGCAAUAAUUACUCUUCAGGCCUGGUUUUACCACCUCCAAUGACUCUGUCAAGAUGUCUGGUCCUCCUAAUUGUUUAAUUGUGCAACCAAUUUCAGUUUCUCUUGACUUAUCCAGCAUAGUCUGAAUACAGAGACUAUGUUGAUUUCAUUCUAGUUGAGCAAAAAUAUAAAGAUUGUGAAACUGAAGGGAACCACUUAACUUUGAGGUGAUCCAUAGCCUUUCUAUAUAGAUUCCCCUCUUCAGCUUUCCAGUUUGGCUUGUAUACCUUUUAGAUGCUCUGGGUUUAAGGCAGGACAAUCUGCUGGUGUUUCUCAAGUAAAGCCCAGAUUGGUCAGAGGCCUGAAAGUUCAAAGCCUGAUGUUUAGAGGGGGCAAGUAGAUGCUCCCUCAUGCCAGACUGGAGAAGAGGGGGACUAGCUAGGGCCUGGGUACUGAAGGAGCACUUGACACAAUUAGGUGUUCGUAUUCAAUCUUCAUCUAUGAUGUAACUUGCAGAUUUAGCAGUGUGGCCUUUUGGUAACACAGUUGUCUGUCAUUUCCUCCUUUUGAAAAGGAAACCUCUUCAAGACAUGGUAUCCUUUGGAAUAACCAAGCUCUUUGAUCAAACAAUGUGAGUCUAGGAGAGAGUCUUGUACACUUUAAAAGUUAGUUGGUCCAAAUGUUUGACCUCUGACUAGCACUGUGCGACUAAAACCGAAUACUAGGAUUUGAAAAUAUUUGAUAAUCAAUAUCUUGAUUGGCUAUAGAGCAGGGGCUCUCAACCUUGGGUCACGAUAUGUUGUUGACUACAACCCCCAUCAUCCUCAGCCAAAAUGGCCAGAGGUGGGGUUGGUGGGAGUUAUAGUUGGUGGGAGUUAUAUGGGGAUCUAAGGUUGAGAACCCCUGCUGUCGAGUCUAUGAGUUGGAAGGCUAUCAUGCUGGGUUUUGCAGCUCAGGAAGUAACUGGUUUUUGCAUUGCCACAUCCAUCUCAAUCUUAUGCCCAUUUCCUUAGGAGCAAGUCUCGCUCUCUUCACAGGAAUGUAGCCUUAAAAUUUGUCUUAAUGUAUAAUCUUUAAGGACACAUCUGUUCACCCAGGCUUUUAAUUAAUAUUGUUUUAAUGCUGUUUUAAAAUAUUGUUUUAAAAUUUUAAAAUUGUAAUGUUUUAAACUUUGUUUUAACUAAUAUUUUACUUCUGUUUUUAUUUUGUUGUAAACCGCCCAGAGAUGUAAGUUUUGGGCAGUAUAAAAAUGUUAAAUAAUAAAAAAAUAUUAACUCUG